CCGUUACUAGUCUCCCGAGACCCCAAAUCCAUCCCACGGAGGACCAUCCAAAACAGCCCAAUCGUGUGGGAAAACAUCGGCCUUGGCAACCCUGCCGGCUGCUGGGGGGGCGGCGAGCAGCGGCUGGCAGUCGUCCGCAGUCAGUGGUGUUGGUAGCAUUCGCGUCGCUGCCCCGCUCAGUGGCUCCCUCGUCCCCCACCACCAUGAGUCCCCGCCGCCGCCACCUGCCCACCCCCAUACCCGCGGCCCCUGCCCGCCGUGUGCCCGUGGACGGAUAGUUACCUCGGGGACUGAGACUUCGUGAACUGUGGAUUGACCGCGAACCGUGAGUCGUGAAUCGUGAGUGAGUGUUGCCCGCUGCGAGGAGACUCCGUGGAGGCUGCGUGCUGUGCUGCUCCCCAUGUGAGGACACACUCAGGAACCUCAUCGUGUAUUCUAGUCAGACCAGCGGCACGUCCCCUCACACAUACACACACACACACGUCCGUACGCCCACGCCCACACGCCCACAUCCACGCCUGCGGUUCCUCUACUAGUCAGCCGUACGUGAUGUCCAUGCCCACGCCCCUCGCCUUGUUUAAUACCCUUAACGUGUCCGUUUGCUUCGUGAACCCGUGAGAGCCGCCGGACACCAGUUGAGGCGUGCGUGUGACCCCCUGUGAGACUCCGGCCACAGACACCUCCGUCAGCCGCCGUCACCAUGAAGUACGGGGACAACUUCGUGCGGUCGAUGCGUCGCUCGCUGCGCAUCAAGAAGAGCAAGAGCGUCACCAUCACCAACAACAACACCAUCAAGCGAAAGUCCGACUCGUUCGUCAACUCGCAGGAGUGGACCUUAUCGCGGGGCGUCCCGGACCUGCGCCUGGGCAUCGUCGGCUCCCUCUCCUCCGGCAAGUCCGCACUGGUCCACAGGUACCUCACGGGCUCCUACAUGCAAGAGGAGAGCCCUGAAGGCGGGAGGUUCAAGAAGGAAAUAGUGUUGGACGGCCAGAGUUACCUGUUGUUGAUACGCGAUGAAGGGGGACCGCCCGAGCUACAGUUCACGGCGUGGGUGGAUGCCGUCAUCUUCGUCUUCAGCCUGGAGAACGAGUCAUCCUUCAACGCCAUCUACAACUACUACGCGAAGAUGGCGCACUACCGCAAUACCGCCGAGGUGCCGCUCAUCCUGGUGGGCACGCAGGAUGGCAUCAGUGAGAACAACCCGCGCGUGAUCGACGACGGCCGCGCGCGCAAGCUGGCCUCCGACCUCAAGCGGUGCUCCUACUACGAGACCUGUGCCACAUACGGCCUCAAUGUGGAGCGAGUGUUCCAUGAUGCGUGUUCCAAGAUUGUGGCGCAGCGCCUGAGUCAGCAGGGCCUCACCCCCAACAACUCCAGGCCCGGCACCCCCACCCACCUGCUGCGCUACGCCCCCACCAACAACGGCUACACCACCGCCCCCUACACCAACAUCCCCACACCCCUCACCCCUCAGCUUACCUCAGGCCAGCAGAUCACGCCACCCAUCUCGGGUUCCUCUCCUAGUCAUGUUUACACCAACACCAUCUCAAAGCAGGAUGGCACUUUGAGGAGCAGCCACGGCAGUGGCGCCGAGCUGACCGCCAUGACCCGCACCGACUCCUUCAGGGAUGACGGGUUCAAGCGGGUGAGUGCCCCGGGUGCCGUCACCACCGCCACCUUCAUGGCCCCCCCGCCCCCGCCCACCACCACCACCAGCACCUCCAAUACCACACCCGGCAACAUCCUCACCACCGACACCAUACCUCCGCCCCGGGACAACAAGGACCUUCCCACACCCAGCUCCACCCCCACCACCUCCCGCAAGAGCCGGAGAAAGUCUAACCUCUUCACCCCCAAGAAGAGCGACGAAAAGGAGAAGAAUAAGAACGGGGAGGUGGGCAGCGGGCGAGCCAUCCCCAUCAAGCAGGGCUACCUCUACAAGAAGUCCAACAAGGCUCUCAACAAAGACUGGAAGAAGAAGUACGUCACCCUCUGUGAUAAUGGAAGACUCACCUACCACCCGAGCCUGCACGAUUACAUGGAGGAUGUGCACGGGAAAGAAAUCUCACUUCAGUACACAACUGUGAAGGUUCCGGGCAUGAAGCCGCGGGGGUCCAAGGUGGUAGGGGGUGGUGGCGGCAAUGACCCCCUCGCCUCAGACCUCAACGCCCUCAGCAUAAACCCCACAGGCACCCCCGGCCCCCCCCUCAUCGGCCGAGCAUCACUCACGGGACCAAUGCAGUCAAACAAAGAUAAGCAGGUGACUCUCAUGUCCUACGAGGCGCUCCAGGAUGCGGCGGGAGUCAACGGCCUUGACUCCGGCAGUAUUUCCUCCAAGAUUGAGACGCCCAAUGUUAAAAAGCGGCACAGGAGGAUGAAGAGCAGCGGAAACAAGAAUGCAGAGUGUGAAGACUCUGACGGGUACGAGUUCAGCUUGGUGUCCCUGGACAACAAACAGUGGCACUUUGAGGCAGCGAGUCAGGAGGACAGAGAUGAGUGGGUGACGGUCAUCGAGCAGCAGAUCCUGUGCUCCCUGCAGGGCAACGAGUCCAACAAGAGCCGGACCCGCCAGGCCCACCCCAUCGACCCCCAGGCCAUCAUCACCAUCAAGAACCAAGUCCCUGGCAAUCUGAACUGUGUGGACUGUGAUGCCCCAAACCCAGAGUGGGCCAGCAUCAAUCUCGGGGUACUCAUGUGCAUUGAGUGCUCGGGCAUCCACAGAAACCUGGGCUCACACAUAUCCAAAGUCAGGUCACUGGAUUUGGACGAGUGGCCGUCCGGCCCAGUGUCAGUCAUGAUGGCCCUUGGGAAUGAAGUUGGCAACAGUGUCUGGGAGGCCAACCUGCGGGGCCAGACCAAGCCCAACCCUCGGUCUAGCCGAGAGGACAAGGAGCGCUGGAUCAGGGCCAAGUACGAGGCCAAAGAGUUCCUGGCCAAUCCUCUGGCAAGCAUUCCUCUGAAUGAGCAGAUUGUAGACUGUGUGUGCCGGGGAGACACCAAGCAGCUCUCAGGCCUGCUCCCGCACGUCGGGGAUGCCAUCAACAGCCCACUGGCACCCCCGCGAGACCUGAGGACGGCUCUGCACCUGGCGGCGGGUGUCCCCUCCCUCCCCAUUGUGCAGCUGCUGCUCUGGUACAAUGCCAACGUGAAGGUGUGUGACGCUGAGGGACGCUCAAGCCUCUUCUACGCCCGGACUGCCAGAGACAAGGAAGUCAUCGACCUCCUCCUUCAGAACGGGUGUCCCGACACCAAUUUUGUGGCACCUCCCCAUACACCCGCCCUCAGCCACUCCACCCUCCCCCACUCCUCCUCCAGCACCACGCAGCCGUCCACGCUGCCGCGGAGGAAAGGCUCCAUCAGCCGAAAGCCUGAUCUUGACAAACUCCAAGCUAGUGUGAUAUGAGGUUGUCACUUUCUGAAGAGGAGACGGUCUCAGAUUUCACCGUAUGAUUGUGAUUUAAGGUUUAAUGCUACAUUCCUCGUUUUGAUUUGUAUUUAUGGAAUUCAUAUUAUCACUUACCAAAUUACAUCCUUUUUUGUUGACUCGUGCAAAAUUCACCUCUUCCGUUUUUCCUUUCUUUCAUUCCUGUAGUGGUAGCAUCACUCACUGGCAUCUUCAAAGCUGUCCAUUUCUCUUCUCAUUUCUAUGUGUGUAGUGAGUCUCUUAGGAAAGUGCUUCCUGGAAUAAUAACGCCAAAUAUCUUGCAUUGCUAUUCCAAGUAGACUCCCGGUGUGGCUCCUUGUUAGAGAGCCACAAGGCAUUGUCACCAGGCAGGCAGGACCCACCUCUCUGCCUGCAGCCACAGCCUUUGGUUGUGGUGGUGGUGUCCUCACCUGGGAGUCUUCACCUGUGUCCUGUGUAUGAUGGGACACCUGGAACUCAAGGUAGUCACUCAUGUCAUAAACUAGCAUAUUUUUAAAAGGUAUUGGUGGUGAUUAGUAUGAAAUUGUUUAUACAGAAGCUGUGCUCACCAUACUACCAUUUGUACACAGAUCAUCCUGCACCCCCACUGUCAUCACUUGUACAUAGAAAGGUCUUGAAGGAUUACUUGUACCAAAGGUUGAAUGCGAGUGAGAUUUAUAAUGUAGAUUUAUGUAUGUACGGUAUUGGUUUAGUCACAGUGUAUCCUGCUCAAGAUACAAAAUUAUAAAGCCAAAGUUCAUGUAAUAAUAUUAUUGUAGACACACCAGGAUGGUGUGUAAAUGUUCCACAGGCCUGUUGGAGGAAGAACAUUCUCAGACACAGUUCUCAGUUACCCAAAUAUAGAUGAAUAGAUGGUCAGUGAAUGAGUUGAUAGGGACAAACAGUUAUCAAGUAUUCUCUCCUUCAAGGUUAAACUGCUAAUUUGUGUGGCAUUUCAAACAAAAGACGGUCAUUAUUUUUGUUACCCUUUCUGCCAAUCCUGUUCUGACUGGUGUCUCAGAUGUUAUUAUCUUCCAUCAUUGUGCCAUGUUCUUCAUUGUUCUUUCAUGUAUAUUUGUGUCUCCACUGUUCACUUCUGAGGUCAUGACACCUUCAGAGUUGUACUAAAAGUGAGCAGCAACAUAAUACCACUUGAUGCAUAUAUCAUAGACUCAUUGAGGCAGAAUCAUUUUGUGGAUAUUGUUAGUGUACAAAUUUGUUACUUAGCUAUUGUCUGUAAAUUUGUACAUACAUAUAUUAUAUAUAUAUUUGACUUUUCUGUUCUUCCUGCCACAUUCUCACAGGAACAUUUUUCAUACUUGACUGUGCCUAUGUAUGUGGAAAAUUUCAUUACAUACUCCCAUGACAUAGCAUGACUGUCUAUGUCUCAAAGUCUGACAAACUCUGUAUUGAAAUAGUAAAAUACAGAACAAGGAUUCUUUCAUAUGACUGCCCUUCCCUUCUUCAGAGCAGCAAAGCGAAAAGGAAGGAUUUCUGGGGCAUCAUAAAUCAAUAAAAUUUGUUAAAGAUUAAGCUUUAAAAUGUUUCAAAUACACAAGAAGUUUCUUCCUUUUUUGAUGCUAUAUGACAACAAAGAUGAGUGGGUUGUGGAGCAUCAGAAGUUAUCAGUUCCUAAUAUUGAAAUAACUUUGGUCUAGUUUUUUAUGCCUUCCAAUACCUGUGUCCCAAACCCAUCCCACCUCUGGGUCAUGUAGGAAGAGGUGUCUAAAAUGAUUGAUAAUUAUGGUGGCUUUAAGUUAUUGAUCAGUAAUGAACAAAAUCAUGAUCUUUUCUUUCUUCUGAAGAAGCUAUUGCUCUAUCUAACAACUGGAGGUAACAAGCAGUUGUGAUUAAACUGAAAUCAGCUGUUGUAAAUUAGUUAUGAAUCACCGAAUUUUUAUAACCUUGGUAAUGAUCAGAUAACAGAUUUUUUCACUGGUUAUAUAUGUCACCAGUUCUUAUAACCUUGGUACUCUAAUGAAGAACAGAUUACCAGACUUAACAGCCGAUGAUAAGAAGCAAUAGUCAAUUAAGGAACUACUAGUUGAGAGUUGUCCCAAGCUAUGAAUCCAAGUAGCAAACUGACAUUUUCUUCAUGUCCAUAUUAUAUGUAGAUGCUGAGUUCAUGUUAUUUUACCUUUUGACAACAAAAAUAAUCAAGCAUUACGGUGAGGAAGGACCUUGAGUCGAUAUUGAGUCCAUCUGGCUGCCGAAUCUGUCAGGUGAGAGGGCAGAGAGGCGGGGGUUGGAGAACCCAGGAGCAGCCAGUCACCAACCACCCGGCGGACAGGGAUCACGCACGCACCUGGGAGUCGUGUGAGAAACCAUUCAGCUGAUCCUGGUUGCGUCAUUCCUGGAACUGGAAGAAAAACUGGAAGGCCUGGCUGAGGGCCGUCCAAACAUUGCCCACGAGCACAAGGGAGAUGGCCUGCACCUUGGAUGAAGACAAAGCUUCGAACUCUAAUUUGUUUAAGCUCAGAGAACCUUGCUUCUCCAUCCAUCUCUCCAUCCAGGCUAGUUAAAGGGGCUCGCAACACUUGCCAGCAUGUAAAACCCCUGAAAGAAGCAAUGACAUGAACAUCCUACUCCCACAAGACCCACUGUACCAUUGAACAAUUGGGAAUAUUGUAAAUGUGUUGCCAUGGAUUUUUUAUAAUUAUAUCCUUCAUAUAAUGCUUCUAAUUUGUUGGAAAAAUUGUUAAAAUAAAUAUUCUGGUGGGGACA